UUGACGUGCAAGCGACAAGGGCCACACAUCUCUGCCUGGCCGUUGGCGCUGGGUGGCGCCGUGUCGCCUGUAUGGCGGCAACCAAGAAUAACAUAAUAUGGUUCCGCAAAGGGCUGCGGCUGCAUGAUAAUCCUGCGCUUUUAGAGGCAUGCAAGGAUGCUGCGCACGUCUACCCCAUCUUCAUUCUUGAUCCAUUCUUUCUCCAGCAAUCGUCGUACAAGGUGAGCGUUAACCGCUACAACUUCCUGCUGGAGUCGCUCAAGGACCUGGAUGCCAGCUUCCGGUCCCGUGGGUCGCGGCUGCUGGUGCUCCGUGGCAAACCCGAGGAGGUGCUGCCCCGGGUGUUCCAGGAGUGGGGGGUGCACAAGCUGUGUUUCGAGAUGGACACGGAGCCGUACGCCCGGACGCGGGAUGCGCGAGUACGGCAGCUGGCGGAGGAGGCGGGCGUGGAGGUGCAUGCGGCAGUUAGCCACACGCUCUAUGACACGGACAUGCUGGUCGCCCGCAACGGCGGCUCUCCGCCCCUCACCAUGCAGGCCUUCUGCCGCCUGGUGGAGCGGGUGGGGGAGCCGCUGCCCCCGGCACCCGACCCGCCCGCGCAGCUGCCGCCCCUGCCGCCCCUGCCACCGCCUGCCACCACCUCCGGUGAGGAGGGGGAGGAACAGGGGCGGCAGCGGCCCAGCGCCGACCCCGCUGUCACCGGGGUGCCCACCUGGCAAGAGGUGGGCUUCAAAGAGGCGCCCGUCACCAUAUUCAGGGGCGGCGAGACGGAGGCGCUACGCCGACUGGACGCCUCCUUCUCCGAUCCCUCCUGGGUCGCCUCCUUCCAGAAGCCCGACACUGACCCCGCUGCCUUCGAGCGCCCCGCCACCACCGUCCUCUCGCCCUACCUCAAGUUCGGCUGCCUGUCGCCCCGCCUCUUCCACGCGCGGCUGCUGGCCGUGUACCGGGCGCACCCGCGGCACUCGCAGCCGCCCGUGUCGCUGAGGGCGCAGCUGCUGUGGAGGGAGUUCUUCUACACGGUGGGCGCCCACACGCCCAACUUCCACCGCAUGUCCGGCAACCCGCUGUGCAAGCAGGUGCCCUGGCAGGACGACCCGGAGCUGCUGGCGGCGUGGAGGGAGGCGCGCACGGGCUACCCCUGGAUCGACGCCAUCAUGACCCAGCUGCGGCAGUGGGGCUGGGUCCACCACCUGGCGCGGCACAGCGUGGCCUGCUUCCUGACACGGGGCGACCUAUGGGUCAGCUGGGAGCGGGGCAUGGAGGUGUUUGAGGAGCACCUCAUUGACCAGGACCACUACCUGAACGCCGGCAACUGGAUGUGGCUGAGCGCCAGCGCCUUCUUCAACGCCUACUUCCGCGUCUACAGCCCCGUCAGCUUCGGCAAGAAGUACGACCCGGAGGGGAAGUACAUCCGCAAGUUCCUGCCGGUGCUCAAGGACAUGCCCUCCCGCUACAUCUACGAGCCCUGGACCGCCCCCCUGGCGGUGCAGCGCGCCGCGGGCUGCCUGGUGGGCCGCGACUACCCGGCGCCCGUCGUGCAGCACGCGGAGGUGUCCAAGAGGAACAUCGCGCGCAUGGCGGAGGCGUACCGGGCCAACAAGUCCUCGGAUGCAGAUCCUGAUGAAGCAACACCUGCAGCGGCGUCUUCUGCUGCUGUUACCGGUAGAGGGAGAAAGUCCGGCACGAGCGCCGCCGCCACCACCUCGGCAGCAGCAGCAGCAGGUGCAGCAGUCUCCGCUCCCUCCGCCACCACCUCCUCCAGGCGCCAGGGACAGAGCAGGAGCAGUCGUCAAGCGUCAGCGCAGGCGGAGCCGGAGGCCGCCGGGACGUCUGCUGUUGGGCAGACCCGUGGGUCAGCUGGCGGCAGGAAGCGGCAACGGACCAUUGCGGAGGCUCUGGGGGCAACAACAGCAGGCAAGGCGGCUAGAGGCGCUGGGGAGUAGCAGUGAUGAGCUGCGGGCUGGAAUCACAACGGCCGUGCACGGCAGGCGAUGGCUCUAGCUUGCACCAGAUACGGUUGCUGUCAGCGAACCUGCCCUUCAUUCGCAUGUGGACGGCAUGGAGGAAGCGCAUGUGAUGCCGCUGCAUACCACAAGGUGCGGCCCUCACGAGGGAGGAGGGUCACUCGAGUUGGACUAGGUUGCGCCGGUGUGCGGGCGUGGUGGUGGGUUUCUGUAACAGGAAUUCCCCAAGCAUGGUAGGUAGGAUGUCUACGCCAAACGCCAGCGCGUUCGUACAAACGUGGCCUGUGCGGUGCGGGGUAUAUUGCACGCAGCGAUGACGUUUGCGUCGUGAUGUUAACUAGAUGCUAGUGCUACCCAAACUGGCUUUUGUCUUCAUGGACAUUGCUUGCGGGCACAACCGCUCUAUCAGCGAAUACCGGUAGGAUACACAGCCCGCUCAGCACUGUUUGCAUGGACUCCUGCCUGUACACUAUAGCUUCAGGUAAAGCACAGCCGCUAGGGUGUUCGUGCAUGCCAGCGCUACGCCCACCGUUCCCCUUAUUGACGUGACACUGGAGGUGUCGGAACAGGCAGCAGUGUACCAUACCAGGCGCACGCCAACCUGGCAACCUAACGCCAGUAACACGCCAGGGCGAAUGCACGGGGUACGGCACUUGCACCUUUCCAUGACUUCCUGACAAAAGCAAACUGCGCAGAUUUAGAAAACAAAGAUAGCGUAAAACAGGUACAGAAGUCACAGCAGCAAAAGCGGUCAACCAUGAUAACCCCCAUGUACGCACGUACAAAAAGAGUGCCUGUACGGCGUGCCCCCUGCUGGACACGAGGGAUGCGAUGCAGGUGCUGCAGGAUGUUGGCUGGGAACUUUAGAGGCUCCACUGACCUCUCCUUACAUUCGGGUGAAGAUAACAAUGCAUACCGUACUGGCUGACAGCUUCGUGGUGAGGCAGGGCGAGCAACGAGACAGGGUUGCGUCUUGCGUGAUGGAGCGCGUGGGCAGGGACUGCGGCAGUGCUGAAGG